GGCGCAUGCUCACUUGGACUCUAGCGCCUUUGUGUGGAGUACUGCGGAGCUACCGCCGUUAAUAAAUACACACAGGCGUCACACACGGAAAGGUUGCCAAACAGCUAAUCAUGGUGAAUGUAAAGAAGCGGAAAGGUCGGGUCGUUAUUGAUUCCGACUCAGAGGAUAGCGCAAGUGAUGAUAAUCUGGAUCAGGAACUACUUUCCUUGGCCAAGCGAAAGAGGGUAGACACAGAUGAACAGGAGGAACCUGUCAGCAAGCCUGCCGCCUCGACCGACUCUGAGACCUCAGAUAGCGACGAUGAGUGGACCGUCGGAGGCACCAAGGCGAAAAAGAAAGUCAAACCGGGCAAAGGAACGGAAAAGAAGAGCGCCGCCAAAAAGAAGGUGAACAAGGCGGCAACGUCCGGCAGCUCUGAUGGCAACAGCUCUGCAGAGAGUUCAGCACCAGAGGAAGGAGAGGUGUCUGACUCAGAUAGCAACAGUUCAUCCUCCAGCUCAGACUCAGACUCGUCUUCAGAGGACGAAGAGUUCCGCGAUGGCUACGGGGACGACUUGAUGGGAGAUGAGGAGGACCGGGCAAGACUGGAGCAGAUGACGGAAAAGGAGCGUGAGCAGGAACUCUUCAACCGUAUCGAGAAACGAGAGGUGCUGAAGAGGAGGUUUGAAAUCAAGCAGAAACUGAAGAAGGCCAAGAAGAAAGAAAAAGAAGAGAAAAAGAAAAAACAGGAGGAAGAGCAGGAGAAGAAGAAACAGGACAGGUCUCAGUCUCAGGACUCUCAGGUGGUAAUGUCCCACAAUAAAGAGCGAAGGUCUAAACGAGAUGAGAAGCUGGACAAGAAGUCCCAGGCCAUGGAAGAGCUCAGGGCCGAGAGAGAGAAGAAAAAGAACAGGACAGCUGAGCUCCUGGCCAAACGGCAGCCUCUCAAGACCAGCGAGGUCUACUCCGACGAUGAGGAGGAAGAGGAAGAGGAAGACGACAAGUCAUCUGUGAAGAGUGACCGCAGCUCACAUUCUUCAUCAUAUAGCGAGGAAGAUGAGAAAGAAGAAUCGACACCCAAGUCCCAACCCGUGUCCCUCCCUGAAGAGCUGCAUCGUAUCCGUCUGUCUCGACACAAGCUGGAGCGCUGGUGCCACAUGCCCUUCUUUGCAAAAACCGUGACCGGCUGCUUCGUACGAAUAGGCAUCGGCAACAGCAGCAGCAAACCUGUAUACAGGGUUGCUGAAAUUGUUGAUGUGGUUGAAACGGCAAAGGUCUAUCAGCUGGGUACAACAAGAACAAAUAAAGGCCUGCAACUACGUCACGGCAACGACACGCGGGUCUUUCGGCUCGAGUUUGUUUCCAAUCAAGAGUUCACAGAAAGCGAGUUCCUCAAAUGGAAAGAAGCGAUGAUCAUCGCAAGUAUGCAAGUCCCAACUCUGGAUGAGAUUGCCAAAAAGGAGCAGUCCAUCAAAGAAGCACAGAACCACAAAUUCAAUGAUAAAGACAUUGAAGAUAUAGUGAAAGAGAAGGACAGAUUCCGGAAGGCUCCAUCAAACUAUGCCAUGAAGAAAACACAACUCAUGAAAGAGAAGGCUAUGGCAGAAGAGAGUGGGGAGGGGGAGAAGGCUAAAUCGAUCCAAGACCAGAUGAACACGCUGGAGGAGAGGGCUGAGGCCCUUGACAGGCAGAGGACCAAAAACAUCUCUGCCAUCAGCUAUAUUAAUCAGAGGAAUCGGAGUUGGAAUAUUGUGGAGUCUGAGAAAGCUCUAGUGGCUGAAGGCCAGAACAACAAGGACCAGCAGAUGGACCCUUUCACAAGGAGGCAGUGCCAGCCCACCAUGGUGUCCAACGCCAGAGACCCCACAGUUCAUGCCGCCAUCAUCGCACAUCUGAACCAGAAGUAUGGUUCCGGUUCAGCAGCUGAUGAGAACGCCCUAGACAGGAACUUACAGGGACUGCCCAGCCUGAAAGACAAAGAUAUCACCAAGGGAACAAGCGACCUCUCAGAAGACCUCUUCAAAGUCCACGAUUUUGACGUGAAGAUCGACCUUCAGGUCCCCACCGCAGAGACCAAGUCUCUGUCGGUAAGCUCCAACGCUCUGCCGGCAAAGGAUGGAGCCCCGCGCCGGUCGCUCAACCUAGAGGACUACAAGAAGAGGCGGGGACUCAUCUAAAGCCCCCACUCCCACCCCCUGCUUCCUCAUUCACCUUGCAUGUGUUAGCCAUAGGAGCUGGGGCACUAAGGCGAAGGAUACCCCUGUGUGAGUGUGUGUGUGUGUGUGUGCGAGCGAGCGUGCCCACUUCUGCAUACAUACAAAUGAAUGGUUUGUGUGAUUGAAAUUAAGAGUAUGUGUCUGGAUGUAUGUUCUUUAUGUGAGAGAAACUUAAACAGCUAAGAGUAUGACUGCGUGCGUGUGUGUGUCUGCGUGCAUAGAAGGAGACUGUAUGCUCUGUGUGUGUGCGUGCGUGUGUGCAUAAAAGGAGACUGUGUACUAUGUGAGUGUGUGUGUGUGUGAGAGAGGGUGAAAAGAAUGUGUGAGCAUUUCAUGGGAGAAACAGUUCAAAGUAUUGAGGGUGUAUGUGAGUGUGGAUGUUCAUGAAAUCAGUUUUCAGAGUGUGUGACUCUGCGUGCAAGCAAUUGUUCAGCCCAAAAGUGAGAGGAUAUAUUAAAUGAAAAAAUUGAAAAUGAUAAAUGUCCUUUUAAUGGGAUUACUCUAGGGGAAAAGGCUGUCCACUGUUUAUUUGCGUUGUGUGCAGAGUCGUACUUGGAAUUGUGUUUUUUUUUUUUUCCGUAGUUAUUUUUUCCCUUUUUUUUUGGAACCGUAUAUAUAUAUAUAUAAAAUAUAUUAAUUAUUUUUUUCCUCAUUGGCAUUCUCAUAGGUUCAUAUCUUUUUAUAUCCUGUCCACUUUGAGAGGGGCUUUGUGCUUGUGCAUUCAUUUUAGGAGAAGGACAUGCUCAUAAGACUUUGGCUCUUCUUUGACACCCAAAACACCUGACCUGGAAUGAAUGUUCUUUUUUGUAAUUUAACCUCAGUGUAUAUUUUUUUCCCCCAUCCCACUUUGAAAGAGUAACAUGCGGUUACCUUUGGGGAAGGGAAACUGAAAAAGAAUAUGGGACUAUGUCUCUUUUUUUCCCAUCGGUAUAAUGAAAAACUGUACCAAUAAAACUUCUUUGGGGUACUGAAAAUUGUUUCCCUUUUUUAGAAAAAAAAAAAAAAAAGAUAAUCCUGUGUCUCCAUUUUCAUGCCCUCAUUUCUUUCUCACACACAGGGCAGGUUUUAAGUGUUAUGGAUUGUGUCCUUAGGUCUUGUGUUGAUGUGGCAUGCCAUGUAAAUAUGCGAUUUGGAGUGAGUGCAACAGAAUAAAGAGGCACUGUUUCGUA